AUGUUCAACACUUUAAUUACAUCUCAACCCGAAACUCCUCAGGUCAGAAGUGAUUCAGAUGAUGAUUCGGAAAAUGAACAUCCAAUUUCAGCUCUUCUUGGGCCAACUCCAACAGAAAGUCCUUUUAAAAAUAAGAAAUCUACCAAAGAGGAUGAUACCAAAACAUAUAUAACAUCUCUAAAAAAGGCGUUUGAAGAUGCUGAUAAACAUCAAAGAGAAGAAAUUAGUUUUGAAGAAUGGAAAAAUUCAGAUUUAAGACAAUUUAUACAUAACGGGCGCCUUACAGAAAAAGAAUUCGAAUUGUAUUUCUAUAAAAUUGAUGCAAAUGCAAACGAAUUAAUUUCUUGG